ACUAACUGUCUGAUCUGUCGCUGCUGCUAUCGUCGUUGCUGGGGGGAUUGCUGUCUUGAGCCUGUCUGCUGUGCUGUAUUGUGGAGCUCUGCUUUUGUGCUGGCUGCCUCCCUUGAUUUACUGUAGCUGCACCUCUUUCCUCCUGCGUGCUGUCUCGUCUUCCAGGGGGAAUCUAUCCUUUCUUCUUACCUUUAUUUUGUAAGAGCUGAUGCAGUUCUGUUGCAUGGCUGAGUGACGUCACUGUCAGCACAACUUCCAGGACUCUGAAGAAGCAGUGGCAAGCAGGAUGCUCUUCCCCACAUCCACACAAGAGUCUUCCCGUGGCCUCCCAGACACCAACGAUCUGUGCCUUGGCCUGCAGUCGCUCAACCUGACAGGGUGGGACAGACCCUGGAGCACCCAGGACUCUGACGCUGCAGCACAAACCAGCACACAGUCCGUUCUCAGCAUGUUGAGUAACCCUCUCGGCAAUGUCCUGGGGAAGCCCCCUCUGGGUUUCCUGCCUCUAGACCCCAUUGGUUCAGACCUGUCAGAAAAAUUUUCCACACCGACGCUGAGGAACUCCCGCCUGGACUCCCGCUCCCUCCUGGACUCCCGCUCCAGCAGCCCCUCUGACUCAGACACCAGUGGGUUCAGCUCGGGCUCUGACCACCUCUCAGACUUGAUUUCGAGCCUUCGCAUCUCCCCACCUCUGCCCUUCCUGCCCCUCAGCGGAGUGUCAAGGGACCCCCUAAAGAUGGGAGUGGGGUCACGGCUGGAUCAAGAUCAAACUGCUCUGGCUGCAGUAACUUCCUCCCCAGCUAGUACGUCUAAAAGAUGGCCUGGAGCAUCUGCAUGGCCUUCCUGGGAUCUCCUGGACUCUCCAGAGGACCCUUUCAGUAUCGAAAGAGAAGCCAGGCUUCAUAGGCAAGCAGCAGCUGUGAAUGAAGCAACCUGCACCUGGAGCGGGCAGCUGCCUCCCCGGAACUACAAGAACCCCGUCUACUCCUGCAAGGUGUUUCUAGGAGGCGUCCCCUGGGACAUUACGGAAGCUGGACUGAUCAACACCUUCCGUGUGUUUGGCUCACUGAGUGUGGAGUGGCCUGGUAAGGAUGGCAAACACCCACGCUGCCCUCCCAAAGGUAAUAUGCCUAAAGGAUAUGUUUACCUGGUGUUUGAGUCGGAGAAAUCUGUGCGUGCUCUGCUCCAGGCAUGCUCCCAGGACCUGCUGAGUCCUGAUGGCCUCAGUGAAUACUACUUCAAGAUGUCCAGCCGCAGGAUGCGCUGCAAAGAGGUGCAGGUGAUCCCAUGGGUGCUGGCAGACAGCAACUUUGUGCGCAGUCCAUCGCAGCGGCUUGAUCCCAGCAAGACUGUCUUUGUGGGGGCUCUGCAUGGGAUGCUGAAUGCAGAGGCCCUGGCAGCUGUCAUGUAUGACCUGUUUGGAGGGGUGGUCUACGCUGGCAUUGACACGGACAAGCACAAGUACCCGAUUGGGUCUGGCCGUGUUACCUUUAACAACCAGCGCAGUUAUCUGAAGGCAGUGACGGCUGCGUUUGUGGAAAUCAAAACUACCAAGUUUACUAAAAAGGUUCAGAUCGAUCCAUAUCUAGAGGACUCCAUGUGUCAAGUCUGCAGUGCUCAGCCAGGCCCUUUCUUCUGCAGAGACCAGAUCUGCUUCAAGUACUUUUGUCGCUCCUGCUGGCACUGGCAGCACUCCAUGGAGGUCCUGCGUCACCACCGCCCGCUGAUGCGCAACCAGAAGAACAGAGACUCCAGCUAAAGAGGCCGCCGAGGCUCGGGGGCUGCCGCAGGCGCAGGAGAGAGUCCUUUUGUUAACCUGCCAAGUGGAGAGCGCACGAGCGUGCCUGCUGGUGCCAGACCCAGGCUGGGAACGCGCUUCCUGAGGACUAAUGGGGAAAUCUUACAUUCACGUUUGCACUUGCUGGUCUUUUUGUUUCUGCACUAAUGCACAGUGAAUUUUGUCGGGUUUUGUUUGGGGUUUUUUGAGGGGGGGAGCACCCCUCAAGCGAUUCUGCAGUUCCCAGACUUUGGUUCCUAGUUUGCUGACGAGAAGCAAAAAGGGCCACGUGUUGAGAAGGUGUUUAUGCAGAUGCCUUCACCUAGGUUUUUUAUUUAUUAAAGGCGCUUUUUUACAUUCCUUGCAAUACUGAUGGUAAUAAUGCAGGUCUCAUUGGCUCCAUUUUUUUGCAGUUGCCAUACAGUGCCUUUCCAUUCAUUUAACCCCCAUCUGAACGGCAUAAACUGAAUGUUCAGCUGGCGUUUUUUACUGUAACAACAAGGAGACUUUGCUCUUCAUUUAAACCAAAUCAUAUUUCAUAUUUUACGCUCGAGGGUUUUUACCAGUUCCUUUUUACACUCUUAAACAGUUUUUAAGUCGUUUGAAAAGAGAGAUUUUUCUUUCCUGGCAGCUUUUAACAUUAUUGCAAUUUGUGUCUGGGGGCUGCUGGUGGGAAGUUGUAAAUCGAGGGGUUUGCAACAGAAAAGGACAGGAUUUUUGGGUUUGAAACUGGACCGGAUAAACGAUCUCUGAGCUGCUGUAUAUAGUUUUAAAUAGUUUGUUGCACUUUUUUAAGUUGCACUUAAGGGGGGUUGAUAGAGGUUUUUAAUCACAAAGUCACAGGACUUUACUUUUCUUUUGUAACUAGCUAAAAAAGGGCUGCGUUUCGGUGGACAGAUGAAGGUUCAUAGGAGCCCUUUCUCUUAGAGGGGACAAGUACUUUUCCUUUUGUUUAAGAAGCGUAUGAAGUAACAGUGCAGUCAACUGAAAUGCUGCUGGGAUUUGAGAACUUUAUAGUUUUUUUUUUUUUUUACUUUCCCCUCUUUCGGAAGCUGUGUGCCAAAGAACCAGUGUCAUAAUUUCUCCCUCUUUCAAAUCCUGCUGAGCUGAUGUUGCAUUGUUGCAUAUCCCAGCUGCUCUUUGUGGGUUUUUGUGAAGCUGUGUGUGAAGUCUCUACCUCAUUGUAGUAUAUGCAGGCAAGACUGCACUCUCCUACAGAUGUGUGGAGUAAGCUGUGGUGUAGUUUUUGGCACAUAAUAAACACGUUGCAGCAAA